AUGUCGGAGUCAGAGUCCAUCUGCAGUGAAAAGAAUGAAGAUAGUGAUAACUCUGCGACGAUGCCAAACUCUGCAAACAGGAGAGAUGAAAACCACGGGAAGCUAUUUAAAGGAGCUGAAAUAAUAACAAUUGCAAGAGAAGAUCCACUAAUUAUGGUCUUAGGUGAGAGUUGGAUGACACGAAAUGUGGCGAAUAAAGAGAAACGGAAUUAUGCAACAGCUCUAAAAUGUUCAUUUCUAAAUGUUGAUGAUGUGGAAUAUUUGGUUGCACCUAGUAACAGUAGCAAACUGAAGUAUGAUAUACUGAAGCUGAUCAAUGUUCACAGCUAUGCUUCACGAAGUCGGGGACUUGAUGAAAUGGAUGACUCCCUGGCACAGGACCUCGCAACGGUUGAGAAAAAGCUACUCGAGUCGCAAGAUCUGAUGAAAGUUAGAGGAAAGAGAGGAAAACCUGUUCCAGUAAUUAUACCGCCAGAUGCCAAGGCAAUGUUGGCUUUUCUUGCCAGUUCUGAUAUGAAGCGAAAAGCAGGGAUCGUAGAAGGGAAUCCCUACCUGUUCCCAAAUUCUAAAAUACUUUCAUCUCAUACUAAUCCCUCUGUUGGCACGGACAGAGCUAACUGUGGUAGGCAACUGGAGUACCUAAAGAAAACUCACAAAGUCGGGCAGAUGACCCCCAUACCUUUAAACGCCCGAUCGGGGAAUCGAACCCUGGCCGCCUUGGUGAAAGGUGAUUGUGUUAGCACUGAGCCAUCAGACCGCCAAAAGAAUUAG